AUGCUGUCCGACGAAAGUUCCAUCGGCGAAGGCGUCGCACGGCUGAAUCGAUGGCACCUGGGUCCCGGCAUAUCAAGGGUACAGCAGCAGUCGCACGCGCCGUUGCACGCCUUCUACGUCGUCGGGCGGUCGCUGCGCGUGCUGUCGGUGUUCGCGGCGUACCGCUUCCUGGUGGAGUCGGACGUGUCCGUGCUGCUCUUCGCCUUCUUCUCGCUCCUCGGCGCCGCCAUCCUCUUCUUUCUCCUCCAACGGCCCUGGAAAGGAAAACGCCUCACCAACACCCAGGUAGCCCCGCGUUCACACUCGGGUGAUCACAGGUUCUGCCUUCCUGACACCCAGUGGGGCAUCUCAGUGAUGAAUGGAGGCGUGCUGGCGCUCGCUGUUGUCACAUGGGCGUAUGGUCUGAAGCAGUGCGGCCCUCUAAGGUCUGUAAUGGCGGAGUACUCAGGAGCGGUGGUUGCCACCAUAUCCACCAUGAUAUUCGGCCGGCGAGGACACCGCGUACUCAAGCUGUACGGCGCCAUUGCCAUGCUGGCUGCCUUCUACCUCCUCGCCUCGGGAAUCCCGCUGGGUCCCACUCUUCCGCCGGAUUUCCCACCUCCUGCCAACCCCGUCCCCUUGGGCCUAGACAGCACCGCCGCCGCCACUGCCGCCGGCACAGGCGCCGACAGCACUGGCAGCAGCACAGGCAGCAGCAGCAAGGGAGGCGCAGCAGGGGCAGUGGGGGUUGGGGCGGCAGGAGGGGAGGGAGGUGCGGGGUUGUUGGCGUGGCAGGUUGCGCGGAUGUCUGGGAGUGGGAUGGUGGAAGCGGCAGGGGGCAAUCCGUUGACGGCCAUGCUGCUGCCUGUGGCCGCUGGAGUGCUCUUUGCGCUGAGACGAUUGCUUGCCCGGCUGGGAAAGUCGCAGCAAAAGAAGCGGUUGCAUGCCGUCACAGCAGUGUCCUCUGUAUUCUUCCUCCUUCCUAUCGCCAUCUUCCAGCUCAGCGGGGGAGCGCAAGCCUUGGACCUGGAAGCGGGGGGGCGGCCGAUGCAGGUGUAUGCGCUGGUGAUCCUGGCAGGGCUCGUGUUCUCCUUCUAUGUGGACACUCUGGCGGAAGACAAGCUGCGUAUCGGCCCGUCGUCACUGAAGCAUCUGCUGGUGACGAGUGUGGCGGUGGUGGCACUGCUACUCAUCUAUCGAAUGCACUUCAGCCCGCUCUCCUUCGUCCUCAUCGCCCUCCUCCUUGCUGCUGGUCUGCACUGGUCUACGGCCAUAGAGCGCAGCAAGUCAGCGGGGUCGCUGGCAGAGGAUGGGGUGGCAGCCAAGGAGAGGCGCAGAACUGCCGCCCUCGCCAUGCUGCAGGGAGCAAUGGACCACGUCAUGUCCGAUUCCAAGUCACGCCGCAUUGCGCUCUUUCUCCUCAUCAACGCAGCGUUUAUGAUCGUUGAGUUCUCGGUCGGUUUCCUUUCCAAUAGUCUGGGGCUCAUAUCAGACGCGUGUCACAUGCUCUUUGACUGUGCUGCGCUCGCCAUCGGCCUCUAUGCCUCCUACAUCUCCCGCCUCGACUCCCCUUCUAAGUUUGCCUAUGGGCGUGUUCCAAACCUUCAUAUCAGUGCUUAUCAUCAGCACCGUUAUCCCUCUGCUGCUCCUUCCUCUCCUUUCCCCUUCCCUCCCCUCUCUUCCCCACCAGCACCAGGCGUGCUCCAUAUUCAUAUCAGCGCUCAUCAUCAGCUCUGUCGUCCCUCUGCUGCAACGUUGCCCCUCCACUCCCCCUUAUCUCCCCCUUCUCUCCACCCCACCACCACCAGGCGUGCUCCAUAUUCAUAUCAGCGCUCAUCAUCAGCACUGUCGUCCCUCUGCUGCAACGUUGCCCCUCCACUCCCCCUUAUCUCCCCCUUCUCUCCACCCCACCACCACCAGGCGUGCUCCAUAUUCAUAUCAGCGCUCAUCAUCAGCACUGUCAUCCCUCUGCUGCAAAACUCCGCUGAAAUCAUUCUGCAAAGAGUUCCCCGGGCAGCUGAGCACCAGAUUUCAGCUGCCCUGAAGAAGAUUGAGUCGAUGGCAGGGGUGGUGGCGGUGCGGCAACGGCACUUCUGGUCCUUCACUCCCAAGAUGCUAGUGGGCUCAAUCCACGUGCUCAUCUCUCCAGAUAGCCUCAAAGAUAGGGCCAAAGACGGAGGUGCAGCGGCGCAUAACGGAGAUGCUUAUAGCGAGUCCGGGGGCAAGCAGCAGCGGGUGGAGGCGGUUCAGCAGCUGCGGCAAUCGUUGAGGCGGCGGGUUUCGGAUGCAUUCCGGGCGGUUGGCAUCACACACGUAACGGUGGAGGUGGGUACUGAAAGAGCAUUCACGUGUGGCAUGUGCAUGUUUGAAAGGUCACAGCUGAGUUGA